AUCGGCAGGAAUGCAAAGCAGCAUGGAAACUCGCACCCUUUUGGUCCUGGAGAACUUCAUUGGAGGAAGGUUUGUCCCGUGUCCAAGUCACAUCGACUCCUACGAGCCGUCCACGGGGGAAGUGUACUGCAAAGUGCCAGACAGCGGCGAGGAAGAGGUGGAGGCUGCGGUGGCUGCGGCCAAGGAGGCCUUUCCAGGCUGGGCCGCUCACAGUCCAGAGCAGAGGUCUCAGAUCCUCACCAAGCUGGCCGACCUGAUCGAGGCCCACUUGGAGGAGUUUGCCCAGGCCGAGUCCAAAGACCAAGGUAAAACAUUGACGUUUGCGCGGACUGUAGACAUUCCCCGAUCGGUGUACAACUUCCGCUUCUUUGCCUCGUCGGUGCUCCACCACACCAAUGACUGCAGCCAGAUGGACCACAUGGGCUGCCUCAACUACACCGUGCGCUGCCCCGUGGGAGUGGCUGGUCUGAUCAGCCCCUGGAAUCUUCCUCUGUACCUGCUGACGUGGAAGAUCGCACCUGCCAUCGCUGUGGGGAACACGGUGGUCGCCAAACCCAGCGAGAUGACCUCAGUGACCGCCUGGAUGAUGUGCAAGCUGAUGCAGCAGGCUGGUGUUCCUCCAGGUGUGGUCAACGUCGUAUUCGGGACGGGCCCCCGGGCAGGAGACGUCCUCGUCGGUCACCCCGACGUCCCCCUGAUCUCCUUCACGGGGUCCACGGCGACAGCCCGGCUUAUCACUGAGCGCAGCGCCCCCUACUGUAAAAAAAUGUCAUUGGAGCUCGGAGGCAAGAACCCUGCUGUUAUUUUCGCUGACGCGGACCUGGACCGAUGCAUCGAGACCACCGUGCGCUCCAGCUUCUUCAAUCAGGGAGAAAUCUGCUUGUGCACCAGUCGGAUUUAUGUGGAGCGAAGUGUUUACUCAAUGUUCUUGGAGAAGUUUGUGGCCGCGGCCAGGAAGUGGAAGACCGGCGUGCCUUCGGACGCCGGCAACAGCAAUGGCGCGCUCAUCAGCAAGGAGCACUUAGAAAAGGUGCGUGGCUUUGUCGCCCUCGCCAAAUCCGAAGGUGCCACAGUGCACUGCGGUGAAGGAGUGGAUCCGCUUGACCUUCCGGAGCGCAAUGCCAAUGGCUACUUCAUGGGUGCUACCGUCAUCUCAGGCGUCCCACAGGGCUCCCGCGUCAUGCAGGAGGAGAUCUUCGGGCCAGUCACCUGCGUCAGCCCCUUCGACAGCGAGGACGAGGCGGUGGCUGAGGCCAACGGGGUGUGCUAUGGACUGGCAGCCACCGUGUGGUCCCGCGACGUGGCCAAGGUGCACCGUGUGGCCGCAAGGCUUCAGGCGGGCUUGGUGUGGACCAACUGCUGGCUGGUGAGGGAUCUCAAGCUGCCCUUCGGAGGCAUGAAGAUGUCUGGCAUCGGCAGGGAAGGGGGGAAGGAUUCCUACCACUUCUUCACAGAGGUCAAGACCAUCACCAUCAAACACUGAAACCACUUUUAGAAGGAGCUCAGGUGUGGAAUCCUCACUUUUCUUUAUUUUCACCCCCUCUCAUUAGUCAUGAUAUCUGAAGAUCCAUUGUUUAAUGGGUUUCUGCUGAUACUAAUCUUGGAGAUCCUUUUUUUUUUCGAGGUAGAAUUUUCCGACAUUUAUAAUUUAUUAUGAAGGGAAAAAAGUGAUUUACGACCAUAGUCAUUUUUCCAAAAAAAAAGAAAUUAUUUUACAAGAUUGAGGCCAUGAUAAAUAUUUCAUCAAAAACUCAUAUUAUUGCAUAUAUGUAGUAAUUUUGCCAUGUUUUUUAUUUGUUUAUUUUUCAACAAUAAAAUUUUUCAACAAUAAA